AUGGCUAUCGGUUUGGGCGGAGUGUUUGCGACUCAGUUCGUCGGAAUCUCAGCAGUCGCACCUGAGAACCAGUCUUCAACUACCAUCACAGUUUACUAUAUGGCGCAGCAACUUGGAAUGAUUGGUGGAACUACAUUGGCAGCGACCAUUUCCCGGGCUCAACUCAGACGCGGCUUAUUACGGAAACUUGGCACGAGCGCAGAAGCACUUGCAAUCAUCCAGAAAGUGCUUGGUGACACUCGAUUUGCACAAUCAUUGCCAGACCAUUCUCAAGGCAUUAUCCGGUCCAUUUACUUGGAGAGUUUCAGAGCAGUCCCAAUCAUAUCAUUGAUUGCUGAGCUCCUUGCUUUGCCUUUGCUUUCUUGUCUGAAGGAACGACUUCUUACGUGA